GGAAGUGUGUCUGGAGGAAGCGAAGCGGGCUAGCCUGCUUUGGGUGGGGUUUUCAGGGGGUGGGACCAACCGAGCCGGCUGGCGUUUGAAAAUGAAUGAUAUGCUGCUCAAGUAGAAACAGCGGACUGUUGGCGUAUUUGUGUGCGAGUGUUUACCGGCAAACAGCAUACAGAGAAAAAGGAAAAGUGGACGAAUCCAGAUAAAACCUAAAACACAAACCGGGUGAUUUCCAACAAUGCAAUUGAUUGUGUGUGAACCCACCACCAUGUCCGAAGCUGUGGUGAUGGAGCCCCCCAUAGCAGGCGGCUUCCUGGAUUCAUCCUGUGGUGCAGGAGACAGCGCAGCCUCCCUCGAUGACAUCAUUGUGGAUACAGCUAAUGAGUCUUCAGAGGAAGAGUCCUCAGGGGAAAGGGAAGAGGAGAUUGGUACACAUGACAAAGUCGCCAGCAGCACCAAGACUAGAGAGAUCCCUGCUGAACAGACCUCAAACACACAAACAGUGAACGCCAAGCGCCCAAACUCCCUGCCAGUGCCAACAGCAGGAGAGCCCGGCCUCUGGACGUCACAGAGUGAUGGAGAGGUGAAACUGAGAAUGGGGGACUCUGGCCUGGCGGCUGAGACCCCUCUGACCGUCUACCAGAUGUUCACCUCAGCUGUGGAGCGCUUUGGUGACUAUACAGCUCUGAGCUGGAAGGAGGGCGAGCAGCAGAAAAGCCUGAACUACAGAGAAUACUACCAGACCUGCCGCACCGCUGCCAAGAGCUUCCUUAAGCUUGGUUUGCAGCGCUACCACGGCGUCGGCAUCCUGGGCUUCAACUCCGCGGAGUGGUUCAUCUCUGACAUUGCAGCUAUUUUGGCAGGUGGGUUAGCUGUUGGCAUCUACACGACCAACUCUCCUGACGCAUGUCAGUAUGUAGCAGAAAACUGCAAGGCCAAUAUCAUCGUGGUGGAGAAUCACAAACAGCUGCAGAAGAUCCUUCAGGUUGAAGACAAGUUGCCACACUUGAAAGCCAUUAUCCAGUACAAAGAUGCACUAAAAGAGAAGAGACCAAAUCUGUACACAUGGGCAGAGUUCAUGGAGCUCGGACGCGAUGAGCCUGAUGCACCCCUCGAUGCCAUCAUCUCCAGCCAGAAGCCCACCCAGUGCUGCACGCUCAUUUACACCUCAGGGACCACAGGCCAGCCCAAAGGAGUCAUGCUCAGCCAUGAUAAUAUAACGUGGACCGCGCUCUCCACCAGCCGUCAUGUGCGUCUGACAGACGCCACUCGCGCUCAGGAAGUGGUGGUCAGCUACCUGCCGCUCAGCCACAUCGCUGCGCAGAUGGUCGACAUCUGGGUCACCAUGAAGGUCGGGGGGGCCACCUACUUCGCUCAGCCAGAUGCACUGAAGGGCUCUCUGGUAAACACCUUGAAGGAAGUGCGUCCCACAGCCUUCAUGGGCGUUCCACGUGUCUGGGAGAAGAUGCAGGAGAAGAUGAAGUCUGUCGGAGCAAAGUCUUCGACUGUGCGCAGGAAACUGGCUGCCUGGGCCAAAGAUGUUGGCCUGCAGACUAAUCUGACCAAGAUGAAUCAAAAUGGAGCAGCUGGCCGCACACCGCUCAGCUAUCAGUUAGCCAAAAAGAUUGUGUUCAAAAAGGUGCGUAAGGCUCUGGGCCUGGACCGCUGCAACAAGUGCUACACCGGCGCCGCUCCCAUCACCAAAGACACCCUGGAGUUCUUCCUCAGUCUGGAUAUUCCUCUGUACGAGCUGUACGGCAUGAGUGAGAGCACUGGUCCUCACACCAUCUCCGCCUCUGAUGCCUUCAGGCUCACCAGUUGUGGUAAAGAAAUCCCAGGGUGCAAGACAAAGCUGCACAACCCAGACGAGGAGGGAAACGGUGAGAUCUGCUUCUGGGGCCGUCACGUCUUCAUGGGUUACCUCAACAUGGUCGACAAGACGGAGGAGGCUCUCGAUGCAGAGGGUUGGCUGCACUCAGGUGACCUGGGCAAACACGACCAGAAUGGGUUCCUCUUCAUCACCGGAAGAAUUAAAGAGCUGAUCAUCACAGCAGGAGGAGAGAACAUCCCUCCUGUUCCUAUCGAGGAUGCGGUGAAGGAGGCCGUGCCGCUGAUUAGCAACGCCAUGCUGAUCGGAGACAAGAGGAAGUUUCUGUCUAUGCUGCUCACCAUUAAGUGCCAGGUAAAUGCAGAGUCAGGAGAUCCAGAGGACGAGCUAACACCGGAAGCUGUCGAGCUGUGCAGGAAGCUGGGCAGCAACGCCACACGAGUCUCUGAGAUCACAGGCAGCCGAGACCGGGCGAUCCACGCCGCCAUUCAGGAGGGAAUCAACCGAGUCAACGAGAAGGCAGUCUCCAACGCUCAGCGCAUUCAGAAGUGGAUCAUUCUGGAUCGGGAUUUCUCCCUUACAGGAGGAGAGCUGGGCCCGACCAUGAAGCUGAAGCGGCCGGUGGUGAUGAAGAUGUACAGGGAGCAGAUAGAGAACUUUUAUAAGGAGCUGGCGACUCCAACGACCCCCGACAACCCGCUGCCUGCCAAAUAGAGCUGCUCCUCCACCUUCGGGUAGAUCCAGACUGUCUGAGUUAGCAUGCAGACACACCCCACCUCAUUUAUCAAACCAUUCUUCUCUUGUAAAAAAAUGUUUUGAUUGCCUUAAGUUUUACUCGUUUUGUCUUGUGGGCGCUGUACAAAAAGGAAAGCAGGAAUAAGACGCCAUUGUAAAAUAGCUUUAUGAUUUUUGAAGACAUUCUCAAUAACCUGAAAUAAACUAUUUAUUUGGAUUACUGGGAUGAACUGUAAUAUCAUAUAGGUGAAGUAGCAGCAGCAGCUGUAAGUAAGAAAAGUUUAUUGCACUGCAUUACUUGCCAGAGACAGAAUCCAAAACAAAUUCAUAGGAUGUUUUUAAAGAAGUACGGUAGUGUUUUUUUUUUCUUAAUUUAUUUUCGGUUUGCCAAAGAUUACACGGCCCAAAGGAGCUUCAAAUGAAGGAAAGAUUGCUAGAAAAGACUCCAUUUGUAAUUUAGCGAUCAUAUCCAAAUGUUUACUGGCCUUUUACGUGUAUUUGGUGGUUUUCUUUUGUCUUUGUCAGUUUUGUCAGGGUGUCGAACCAAUAAUUUAUUUUGUACGUUUUCAAAAUGCCAAACAUUCGCUGCAAAGCUAGUUGCAGUUUUCAAAGGUGUAUUGAAAUUUAUCUCAUAACUAAGCAUCCAAAUUUUGUUUUUCAUACUGUAAAACACGUCAUUGAAGCCAUAUCUAUUGCCUUUUGUAAUUGUAAAGUCAGACUCUGUUCUGUAUGCUGACUUGAUGCAGACCAUUACACACCUGCCUGGUCCUGUUGAACUGUUUUCAACAGUCCUUCUGUGUGUCCACCUGCUGUGAUUUCUGUGGAAUAUUGUAAAUAUGUUUUGCCUACAUCAUUUGUUUUUACUUUACAGUACCCUUGAUUUUUUUCAGCAGCCCAGAAAUAUUGUGCAUAUUUCUUUUGCACUAAAAACAUGGGGAGUGUACAUAAAUUAGAUUUAUGGCAAAUACAUCAACUGGCCCAUUGCAAUCCCUUAUGCAUCAUACAUAAAUGUUCAAAUGCUCGAGGUUUUGAUCCGGAGAAUACACGUUUUUAGCUUCCUUGAAGACAUUGCAUACAUCUUCAAAGAAAAGGAAGAUUUAAAAAGGAAGCAAAAGAGCUUGUUGCACUCCAAAUGGCUGAUCUAGUAUAUGAAGUAAUUGUAUAUAAUAAGCAUAUCGUAGGUAUUUGUAGUACUUGAUAGUUCAAAGUGAAGGUGGGUUUGGCAGUUAUGGUUUGCUCAAAGUAACUGAAGUUCAGGGUAACAAAACAGUUGAGGCGUGUAUAAAAUUAAAUAAGGAAAUGACGGUGAUUCAGUGUGUCUGGAUUUACCUGACCUGAAAGAGCUGAUGCUGUUAAUAUCAGGGUUGAAAGAUGGAAAUAUGCAUGAAGCUGCAGGAGGAAAAGGAAGCAGGCCUGUUUCCAUCUACAGACGUGAAUGUUUGUUUGAUCAGUUAUGGAAUAAAAGUUGAUAAAGCUGAA